GGUUCGCGGCGGCUCGGGGUCCGCCCGCGGGCUACGGUGCGUGCGGGCGGCCCGGCUCCCCUCCUCCCUCGCCCGCUGCCGCCGUGAUUGGGUGGAAGAUGGCGCUGGGCGGAUGGAAAUCCUAAUGACAGUCUCCAAAUUCGCCUCCAUCUGUACCAUGUUUGGGAAUACCUGCUACUGCAAUUCAGUUCUUCAAGCACUUUAUUUUUGUCGUCCGUUUCGGGAAAAAGUUCUAGCAUACAAGAGUCAGCCUAGGAAGAAGGAGAACCUCCUUACGUGCUUAGCAGAUCUCUUCCACAGCAUAGCUACCCAGAAGAAGAAGGUUGGAGUGAUACCCCCUAAGAAGUUCAUCGCGAGACUGCGGAAAGAAAAUGAGCUUUUUGACAACUACAUGCAACAAGAUGCUCAUGAAUUCUUAAAUUACCUAUUAAAUACAAUUGCUGAUAUUUUACAAGAAGAGAGAAAGCAAGAAAAACAAAAUGGUCGCUUACCUAAUGGUAAUAUUGAUAGUGAAAAUAACAACAGCACACCAGACCCAACGUGGGUUCAUGAGAUUUUUCAGGGAACAUUAACAAAUGAAACCAGAUGUCUUACUUGUGAAACCAUAAGCAGCAAAGAUGAAGAUUUUUUAGAUCUUUCUGUUGAUGUGGAACAAAACACAUCAAUUACUCACUGCUUAAGGGGUUUUAGCAACACAGAAACUCUAUGCAGUGAAUAUAAAUAUUACUGUGAAGAGUGUCGCAGCAAGCAGGAAGCACACAAACGGAUGAAAGUUAAGAAACUGCCCAUGAUUCUAGCUCUACACUUGAAGAGAUUUAAAUACAUGGAUCAACUUCAUCGAUAUACAAAACUUUCUUACCGGGUAGUUUUUCCUUUAGAACUUCGUCUCUUUAACACUUCGGGAGAUGCAACCAAUCCUGACAGAAUGUAUGAUCUUGUUGCUGUUGUGGUUCACUGUGGAAGUGGUCCCAAUCGAGGCCAUUAUAUUGCAAUAGUUAAGAGUCAUGAUUUUUGGUUGCUGUUUGAUGAUGACAUCGUAGAAAAAAUAGAUGCACAAGCUAUUGAAGAAUUCUACGGGUUGACAUCAGAUAUCUCAAAGAACUCUGAGUCUGGUUACAUCCUUUUCUAUCAGUCUCGGGACUGAGGGGGAACUGUGAUGAAGAGAUACUUUCUGCCUCAUUUCUUCUCUGGUUACUUUGGAAGGAUCAAGCACUGAUUUUUCAUGAAAAGAGAAAUGCAGGAAGCUCAGGGGGCAGUAGCACACUUUGCACACAGUAGAGCAAAGACUAUGGAUUCAUGAGCCCUUCCUAUCAUGCUAGUCGAUUUAUUUGCUCAGGUAUCAUGCUGUAUGUUCCAUACAACAAGGAAAUGAAAUCAGAGAUACCAGCUCCUCUUGUAAACAGCCUUCCAGUUACUGGCACGUGUUUUCUCUUUAGUAAUUGCACCAAUAAUGAUUUGAAUUCCUUGGGAGGACAGUAGAAAGAAUUGGAAUCUCUGCUGGAUUGAGUGUUUAUUUAAGGAGAUGACCCUGAACGCACUGCAUACAUUGCCUGUGUUCAGCAUACAUAGCAGCAUAUUCAGUGGUCUUUUUCAAGUAUAAACCAGAAGGACUUUUGGGCCCAACACUUGCGGUUGCCUUCCUGAUGUCAAAAACUAACAAAUACUAGAAUUCAGUGUCAGGAAGACAAAUAUGUUUUGCUUCUCUGAAGAAGCUUAUAAUAAUAUACAGUAUAUGUAUAUGUCGGAAACAAUUGGUCAAAGGUGGCUUUUUGUUUCCCCAAGGGGAAAGACUGGCUUUGUAAUUAUAAUUUUUCCUUAUUUAUUUUACUGAAAACUGGUAGAGUCUAAGUAUUGUAUGAAGUGCCCAUGAUUCUGUCAGCAAAUUUUAGCAUUUUGUUUUCAUUAGUUUUGCUAGUUUUAAGUAGUCCUUUUGUUUGUUUCUAUUUUUAAGAUGAAUUUUAAAUUCUAUCUGAAAUCACUAAGAUAACCAUGAGAAAAAUUGCUACAAGAGGAGGUAAAUACUCUUUUUCACGAGGAACUGAUAUCUCUGGCUAAAUAUUUGUUCUUUUGUAAUAUUUUGUAAGUCAGUUAUUUUAUUCAACUUUAAUUUCAAUAAAAUAAAAAUUCAAAAAUUACCUUGAGUUGUUGGAAUGAUGAAAGAAAUUCUGGUGCAGUGGUGGUAUACCAAUCUUUAUAAUUCUUAAAUAUUCUAAUGUUCAAGUUGAGCCAUGCUUGGAAAAUUCAGUUAUGUUAUUUUCAAAUGUCUUUUUUUUUUUACCUUGUAAAGAAAUAAUAUAUUCAUAAUAACCCUAAUGGCCUGGAUGGUAGCUGAAAACUUUUUGAAGAUUACAUUUAAUGAAGUAGACCAAGUAAUCUAAAACAGAGUUACUUGUACCCCCCUCUGACUUUACAAAUCCAAUGGGAAGAAUGUUCAGAAAUUAAAAUUUAUGUUCAGAACUUCAUUCUGUUAGGGGUUUUAAGAAGUAAUACAUAUAAUAUAUAUAAAGUAUUGCAUCUGACAUUUUCCCAUGCACCAGUAAGUGGUCUGAUGGUGGCCAAAUGUAACUUAUAAAAAGUUAUUGAAAAUUAUAUUAAAAAUAGUAGCAAUCAGGCAUUGGAUAUCAUUAUCCAAACUCUUCACACAGUGAUUUUUUUGUUAAUUCUCUAAUUUUCUAGUUAUUUUACUAAAACUGUUGACUGUGGAAAACAAGCAACAAGAAAGAAUGGUUUUGUGCUGCUAUUAGUAACAUUUACUAUCUGUAUCUUUCAGCUCAGGAAAUGACUUCACCUAUUCAUCCCGUAAGCAGGUUUUUAACAGGGUUACUAGCUAAUUGGGCUGCUUAGACAGAUGUGCUGGGGCAAAAUUGUGGUAUUUUGGCAAAUUCAUUUUUAAGAUAACAGUUCUAGAGCCUUGCCCUGGGUUGGAGUUGUAUUGUACAAAUCAUGGGUAGCCUGCCUGAUCUUCCCAGCCCUGCAGAGAAUCACAACAGAGAAUGUGGGGAAAGUCAGAGUAGUGGAAGUGCUUGCAUUUUGAGGGCUUAAACCAAAUGUCUUGGAAUUUCAAGCUAUAGUUGUACAGCUUCGUGUACAGAAAAAAAGGGUAAUGUGAAGCAGAGUCAGUUUUAAUAUCAGCUUGGCUAUAGAAUGUGUAAGAAAGAUGAAGUCAUUUGCAUAAAGGUACAGCAUUGAAAUAUUAUGGUUUUACAUUUUUUUUUAAAUAUGCAGAAAAGCCACAUGAAAUUUCAUAUUAGAGCAAGGUCUAGUAUUGUUAUUGAGUUCACAUAGUUGCACACUGUGCACAUUCACAUGUAUUUCAUAGUAUGACUUGUCAGGGGAGGGACUAUGGGGUGAUGGUUCAAAAUUCACUUUUUACUCUUUGUGCAUCUGGAUCUAAGUGAAACAUUUUGAAUUUUAUCAGAAUCUCAAUACACUUUUAAAACACACAAGGUUAGGGUUGGGAGAAAAAUAAGGUACAGUAAGAAAAGUGACUCAUCUAGGAAGCAUUGUGAGGCUGUUUAGGGGCUGGCUGGGAUUGCAGUGAGAGGCAGGUUCAGUCAUAAAUGGGGCUGCUUGCUGUAUAAACAUGUACAUGUUUGUUGGGAUAGUUGUCCCAUAUUUUGUAUAUUGGAAUAAAAGUUUCUAUGAAUUAUCAUAACUAAAAGUAAAUAUUCUAAGUCAAAUCCCACUUCUAAGUCACAUGGCUUUUCUGUCUUGGAAAUGUUACCUUUGGAAGAUGAAGACAGGAGCCAAGAGGCUUUAGAAAAGGGAAGGAAGUAUACUGUGUGGGUCUUGUGGCCUCAGCCAUCAGUGUAGGGUUUUUUCUUUCUUUGAUGCCAAUUAAAAAGACCUCAUUUUCAUAACAUACUACUCUUGAUACUUUCUUUAAAAAUACUUUUCAUAAAAGAGUCUCUCAUGAGGUAUUUGGCUGGGAGCUGGGAGGCUAAGGGGCUUGAGUGCUGUCUCGUCAGUGAACUUAACCGUGUGACCUUGGGCACGUCACUUAACCUCUCUGUGCUUCAGUCUCCCUGUCUUGUAAAAUGGGAGUAAUACCUACCUCACAGGGUUGUUGUGGGGAUUAAUUAGAGAUAUUGUCUGUAAAGCAUUUAAGGUUCUUGAAGAAGGCGCUAUAUAAAU